CAAUGCUCUACUGAUUCUGCAUGCCGUUGCACCUUCCAUCAAUAAUAAUAAGUUAUUCGAACAGUCGGAUAUGGGUGUGGCCACAGAUGAUACAAAAGCCCUCGAAUGGGUGAUUAUCGAGUGACCCUGAAAAAAGAAAGAAAGAAAAAGGUGUGCUGAUGAAUAUACUGACUUGACUCCCAAAUCCCAAAAGUUUGUGAGCAUCAAGCUUAACAAUUCAGAAAAUGGAGUGGCCAAUCACUUAACCCAAGCAACAGGCCAAGAAUUGCAACAAGAGCAAAAGCAACAUCGUUCUUUACAGUAGCAAAAGGUACAUCAAGUUCAGCUGCAAAAGGAGAAAAAACAAACGAAAGCAACCAAGACGAAAUAACAACCAUGCUUGCUGGAACAAAUGCAGUAACCACACAUGGCUAAUGAAGAAAAGGAAACUAUGAAAAAAGAUUGCAAAAUACAAAAAGAAGGAUUAAAGGAUGGUCUAGACUCAAAUAGUCUAGGAGAUGCAAAUUCUGAAAAGCAACUGCUAGAAGCCAUAAAUAUCAAAGAAACAUCAGUAAAAUUACAACCUGCUGCUGCAAAUGAAUUUGAAACUUCUGCUCCAAGCUUCAGUCAGCAGUCACAAGAUGUUGAAAAUUCAGUAGUCAGUUGUCAGUAUGAUGACACCGAAGAAACUCUUAAAACUGUGGAACAUGAUAUCAAUUCUGAUUCAUCAUUUGAUUUCUUUGAUUUAGCUACUAGUCCCAAUGAUUUCAAACCAACAUUUGAAUUUGUUCAUCCAGCUGAAAAUUUAAAUAGGAUAAAGAGAAGUGAAAAAUCAGAUAAAAUUAAUCAUAUUUCAGAUGUAUCUGAAAAUGAAGAAGAAAGUACACAAGUUUCUUCACAAGAAGAUAUUACAAAUGCUUUGGAUUCAGCAAUCAAUAAUACUGAUACCAUAGGAGCUGAUGAACUGAAAACUCUGGUUUCACUUUUACUUUCAAAAAAUGUUGAAAUUCAAGAAGCAGCAAUACUUGGGAUUGUUAAAUGUGCUGCAUUUACAGACCAUCAGAAUUCACUACGUGAGUUGGGUUGUCUAGAAAAGCUUAAUGUUUUGCUUAGUUCCUGUGUCACAUCUUUAAAAGUUGGACAUAAUAUUUCACCAGUUCUUAUUGCAUCAGUUGCUAAUGCAAUUUCAAAUAUGUCUGUCAAUGAAAACAAUCAAAUUAUGUUAAAGGAUUCGGUGCCUUUAUUGGUAGAUCUCAUACUUGGUGACCAUAUCAAAGAAAAUGCAUUGCUAGCUACAUUAAGAGCCCUUACCAACUUAUCUACUACAGAGAAACAUCAUGGUCACUAUACACAAUUAGUUGAAAAUCUCUAUCAAUUAAUAGAUGGUGACAAUAUAUCUAUCAAACUGCAAGCACUGAAAGUACUAGUGAAUCUUUCCUGUAGCUCUGAAAUGGUUCGUCACUUACUAGCAGCUAAGGCCCCACAAUCUACACUGGCUCUAUUACAUCGAGAUGUUGAAGAAGCACUUGUGCUACGAUGGACAACUUUACUUGCUAAUAUCGUUCACACAGUUAAAGAGCACAAAAUAACACAAUCAUCUCUACCUUACACAGACAAAGCAGCUUCUCCUGAAACAAUGUAUACAGCUUUGUAUGGUGUCAAUAUGAUAAGAGAUCUUAAAAGCGAAGUUUUCUUAUUAAGUAAACACAAGAAUGAAGACAUACGUUAUCAAGCUGCACGUAUAUACAGCGGAUUACUUAAAUAAUAUCAUUAUGCAGAAAAUGAUGAUACUGCAACAGAAAUUUUUUAAAUCUCUUGACUAAAGUGUUUAAAGACGUGCUGUGGCCUGCAAAUCUUAUGUUUUUUUAAUGAAAGCAUAUAUUUAAAUAUUACUUUUGUUGAAACUAAAAAUGUUAAUGGAAGUAAAUCAAAUGUUUAACACAGUUCUAGUUUAACAGUGCUAUAAAAAUUUGUUUAGUGUUUAAACUAAAAGAAUCAUGAUUUUUUGGCAUAUAGCAUUACUUGUGAAAAAAAGAACAUAAUUCAGUUUUAAAAACAACAAUAUCUAUUUACUGACAAUGAAUAUUAGAGAUAUAUUAUUUUUAUGUUUAUUUCCUUGUCCCAUAAUGUGUUACAUGUUUUCAAGCAAAGAAAAGAAUUCUCAAGAGCUUGAUAGAAUGGAAACAUGGUAGUGAUACACAGUGAGAUUAAAGACAGCAAUAUAAAGAACACCAUGUGUGUUACAGGUGUUAGCAUAGAUCCAGUAAGUUCAAAAAGAGCUAAAAAAGUGGCAUUGUGAAAUAUAUGUGUGCCUUGUAAAGAGUUAGCAAUAGUUGAAACAUUAUAUAUUUUUAAGCUCAAGGAGGAACUAAUUUUUCUCCUGAAAUUUUGGCUGAGUUUGUCAAUUA